AACCGGCAAACUCGUAUAUCAGCUGUCCGUCGUCUGCAAAGCAACAAUAAUAUUCGCGUCAACCACUGUAUCCCGAGAAUUUUGUGUAUUCAAGAGCAAGAGAUUUUUCAGUGUGAAUAGCGAAUAAAUAAAAUAACGGAUUAAAAGUAAUUGGGACAGAAGUGAAAUGUAAAAAAACGCGUGCGUUAAAUGCCAGCCAGCAAGAUUUGUUUUAAUAAAAAAAAAACGAAAUUUUGACUCUUUUCUGUGAAAAGUAAUCGGUAUAAAAUCACAAAAUUCAAUCUUAGUUUUCACAAAUCGCAUAAAAUGUCGAGAAACGCUUCAAAUUUUUUGAAAAUGUUUGUCGCAUUUUUGUACACUUAUGCCCGUGGUUUGACGUAUACGGUGACAGGUAUAACAGUGUUGUAUUAUUGUCUCGAUCCCGGACGUUUCGCCUCACACUACAGUUUUAUAAAAACUGAGGAUAUUUACGAAGAAUUGGAACAUUCUUAUUCACCAAAAGACAACUCUUGUGCCAUAGCUGUGCCGGGAAGAAGAAUCGGAGAUUUGUUAUAUCCGGAUGAGAGUCCUCACGAAGAUCCAGUCGCUAUGGCAAGACGAUUGGGAAUUUUGCCAGGCGGCCAAUGGAAACCGCUCAACUGUCAUCCUCUCUUUAACGUCGCUAUUAUUUUGCCUUAUCGUAAUAGACACGCUCAAUUGACCAUAUUCAUGAAUUACAUUCAUCCAUUUCUUCAAGCUCAGAAUCUUGACUAUCGUAUAUUUGUCAUUGAACAAAGUCCCGUCAGAGAAUUCAAUAGAGCCAAAUUAUUCAACGUUGGUUAUGCAGAAGCCAAUAAAAUAAAUGAUUUUCAUUGUUUCAUCUUUCAAGACAUAGAUCUCAUUCCUCAAAAUCCUGACAAUAUCUAUGCCUGUACCAAAAUGCCAAGACACAUGAGUUCCAGCGUCAAUACCUUCAGAUACAAUUUGCCCUAUACCGGCCUCUUUGGCGGUGCCAUAGCGCUUACUAAAAAACAAUUUGAAACUGCUAAUGGCUUUUCCAAUGUCUUCUACGGCUGGGGUGGAGAGGACGACGACUUUUAUAGCCGUCUACAAGCUCGUGGACUCAAAGUAACGCGUUUCGGGCCGACUAUUGCUCAAUACUAUAUGUUAAGGCACAAGAAAGAAAAGCCGAGCAGCACACGUUUUUCCAAAUUGGAAAUUGCAGCGAGAAGAUACUACACCGAUGGACUAAACAAUUUAGAGUACAAAGUAUUGAAUCACCAGUUACGCCCGCUUUAUUCGUGGAUAUUAGCAGACGUGUGAAGAAAAAUAUUUCAAAAACGUCGAAUUAAAACACGAACGAAAAGUUUUGUGCGUACGUGCGCUUCAGACACGUAGGCAACCAUUCCUAAGUCAAUAACUGUAUUUUAUUAUUAUUAAUCGAGCCGCUACCGCGUCUCUUGAUUAUUAUUAUUGCUAUUGCUAUUUACUUACAAACACUAUCGUUCGCAAUCUCUGUGUGUAUAUUAUAAUUAUUAUACACAUGGAAUUUCAAGCUAAAUCUAAGAUAAACGAAUAUUCCAACGUUUGAGAUUGAAUAUUCGCUAGCUCAUUAUAGUUGCGCCGCGCACUCGCAUAUGUAUCGUUGAUUUUUUAUAGGCAGCUGGGCCUGUGCCUGAAAAGAGAUGUAUAAAAAUCAACUCAUACCCUCUGAAUGAUUCAGUCAAUAGGAUCAUUUCUCCAAAACAUCAUUAUGAAAUCCGAGUCAAUCGCAGUCGUGUUCUCUAGAAAAUUUACAUUUUUUUUCAUUUCUUCGUUAUUUUAUUAAGAAUCAUUAAGUACAAUUGAUAAUUAUCUCAAGUUCAAUAAUAAUUUUAGCAUAAGGAAGAUGUGAUCGUAAUCACUCACUAAUACGUGUAUCGCAUAUAUGAAUUUGCGAUACUUGUUUCUGUCGAUCGAUCGAACUUUGGGAACUGCUGGCCUAAAUACUCGUAAUUCCAAGUUCCUCAGUUCUGUCCUCUUAUUUGUUGAUGUGAAAGCAUUAAAAUUCAAUUUUCACUGGAAUUCAAUGUUCUUUAAAUUUACCAAAAAAAAUAGCAUCCCCGUGAUUUAGUCAAUAUAUAGGACGAAAGCGUUGAGAUAAUGUAACAAAUUUUCAAUCAACGAACCGGAUCUUCAGUUGCGCGCUCAAAUCGUGAGGGUCUGUACCUCAGGGAUUAAACGUUUGUACGGCAGCUGAAGGACCAUCAAUGACUAAUAACGUCUGUUGAAAAAUGCAUAUCCGUUAUUGACUGAUGUGUAUAUGUAUAUACAUCAAUUUCGUGAAAGAAAAAAUUGUGGAUUUUUAUACACGCACCAAGACCAGAAUGUAUUAGAUGUUCCUGUGAAACCAGAGUGUGUUCCAGAGGGCAAGGUUGUGAUUUUUCAAUAUCCCAUUUAUUUUUUAAGUCAGUGUAUGUAUAAAUGCGUAAUGAGAACUACAUAUAAAUUAGGUUGUAAACAUUGUUCAAUUAUUGUUAUACUUAUCGCGAUACUCACCGAAGCUUAAUUUAUUUUAGCUCGCACGAUAUACGCAUGCAGCAAUUUUACUUGGCUUUUUCGCAGGCAUCGGAAACUCUAUUAAAGGCAACGUCUCGAAUAAAUAUUAAGAGCUAAGCAAAUAAAAGAUAAAAUCCAUGGUAAACCGCUUUCACACUUCAAAUUCCAUGAUUUUUAAUUCUCAAAUUAUCAUGUAUCGUGACAAUGCGUGAACUGUACGAUUCAAAAUGAUUUCUUAUCAACUCUUACAAAAAUCAAAAUUCACGAGCAGAGACUUUCUUAUAUGGUUGUUUCGAUUUGUGAUUUUCUUCGAAUUACAAAUAUCAUUAGCUCGCUACCGACGAAAAUACAUGAUACCUCGCUGUUUUUUUUUUUUUUUUUUUUUAACAAUAUCAUACGAAACUACGUUACGAUGCCACGACGCAAUUAUGAGGAAAACUCGUUGUUUCGAAAGAGAGGGAAUAGACUUUUUGUACGAAUAAUGUUUACUUCAUUUCAUGUUUAAUUCAGAUAUUAAAAGUGUACUCGUAACAAUGGCGAUCUAAUUUGUCUGUAGCAGCCGCUUGAUCGUAUUUUAUUUAUUUAUCAAAUGGUUGCCUAAAAUUAUAUGCUGAAGCAACGUAAGCUGUUACAUAAUUGUGGAAAUGACGACAAAAACCUAUUUUUCGGCAUCUCGUUCCGAAGCUUUCGAUGUCUCAAAAUGAUUUUGACGCUUUAAAUACAAAACGGACCGCGGUCAAACGUCAAAUUUCUUGAUCAAUAGUGGCGUCGCAUCAAGAAAUCUCUGAACGAUCAUUCAAAGCUAGUUAUAGUAGUAUCAACAAGUCGUAAGGUUUUGUACGAGCCGUGCGCGGAACAUGCAUGUUUUUUCAUCUGUACUUUCUUUUUUUAAAAUCCUCUAAUACGCGAAUCCCAUAAUGAUGAUUUUCCUCUCGUUUCAUAGAAAAAAGAAAACAAAAAAUCACAUUGAAAAUCACCUCCUCUCCCCAAUUAAAAUCUGUCUCGACUUCUCAUUUUACCAACGAUACGCGUUAUGCGUCUAAAAGUGCGUAUCAAACGAAAGCAAAUUAUUAUUAAUAAUAAUAAUAAUAAUAAUAAAGAAAGAAAAUAAUAAUAAUAAUAAUAAUAAUAAUGAUAAUUAUUGUUGUCACAGUGAUGACAUACGUAUAAUAUUAAUCACUAUGCAUAUUGUGUAUAUUUAAUGAGGAUGUUUCGUGUAAAAUUGUAUGCUGUUAAGAAGAGGAAGAAAAUAAUUACGAAUUUUGUAAAAGACGGUUCGUUGGUGUUAAUCGACGGAUACAAUAAAUAUUAUCUAUAUCGA